GUCUUUGCUCAAAACCAUUGAAGCGCCGCCCUUGAAUGGUUCAGACGGAAUUCUCCUCCCAGUGAACUGGGUUCAAGGACCGCCCAUUCAUUCGGGACAACAAUCAGUUCAUCAGCACUGCAUUUUGCAGUAAAAUUUCAAUCUUGCUGGACUGAUUUCCCCAUGCAAAUAAAAGGCAACUGGCAAUAAUUGUCCAUUAUGUUCUCGCAACCUAUGUUUCCGUUUCUUCUGGAUGUGAACAAUGAAGGCGAGUUGCACAUAGAAACGAUGUCAUGGCUUAUCAUCCUUAUGGGUGGUUGUGCUUUCUUGGCCCUGCAGUUCAUUGAUAUGCCUUAUGGGAGAUAUACAUCCAGUAAAUUCGGAUUUUUGGUCAAUGUGAAGGCUGCAUGGUUUAUCCAAGAGAUCCCAUCCUUGGCAAUCCCACUGUAUUUGUUGUUUAUCAAUGCUGGCAACAAACCAGUGCAACUUCCCAACCAGCUCUUGCUCGGCAUGUUCAUCUGCCACUACACCCACAGGUCACUGUUGUUCCCGUUUUUAAUCAGAGGUGGAAAACCAUCACCCUUCAUCGCUUUUGCAUUGGCUUUCACAUUUUGCACAUAUAAUGGAUAUCUGCAGGCCAGGUACCUAAUCAAGUAUGCUGUUUACACCUCAAACUGGAUAACUGAUCCACGCUUCCUCACAGGCUCAGCACUCUGGUUUCUCGGAUUAUUAGUGAACCUGCAUUCCGACCAUAUCCUCAGAAACUUACGAAAACCUGGUGAAACGGGAUACAAAAUUCCACGAGGUGGAAUGUUUCAAUACGUGUCCGGUGCCAACUUCCUUGGAGAAAUAGUAGAAUGGAUGGGCUUUUCUGUAGCAUGUUGGUCACUGCCCAGUGCAGCAUUUGCCAUAUUUACAUUUUUAGUUCUCGCUUCUCGGGCUGCCCAACAUCAUAGAUGGUAUCUGGAAAAAUUUGAAGAUUAUCCAAAGACAAGGAUGGUCUUAAUACCAUUCCUGUAUUGAAAUGUCUAAAAGAGGCUAAAUAGAGCCUUGAAAUCAGAUAAAGGUAUUGAAUUCAUCAGAAAAAUAUCCAUAUCCCUUUUAAUGACAUGGUGAGCCUUAAAUUCGCUUGGACUACCUCUAACCCUGGAAACUAACGUUUACAAGUGUCGAGUGUAUCAGAAUUAGUUGCUGCUGAAGCUUUAAAAUAUAUAUAUUUUUCUCUAUAUUCCCAUAUGUUCCUCUUAUUUCUCUUAUUGUAAUCAAUUGAACAUUAUGUUUCAUGUUACUAUGUUCAUACUUUGGGUUGCUAAUGAUUCUUCAGUCUUAUUAGCUAUGGAAGUAAAUGUGCCCCUAGCUGUGAUGUCUAGAAGCAAUUUCAAAAACGGACGUCAUUCAGUACUGAGAUGAGAAGAAAUCUUUGCAUCCUGAGUGUGGUGAACUUGAGGAAUUUAUCACCCAGGCAGGCUGUUGAGGACCAUUUGGUGUAUGCAUGCAAUACAGGACAUUUUUUGUUGUUGUUGGUAUUAAUGAAAAUAAAGGCUAUGGCAUUAAUGCAUGAAUAUGGCACUGAGAAAAUAAAUAAAUUCAGCCAUGAUCUUAUUGAAUGGCGGAGCAGA